AUGUUUAACAAAGUGCUGCAGCGUGCGCUAAAGUUCCGCAUCAAGAAAAAUUAUCCCACAAAUAUUUAUGAUUUAUCGAGGGGCUCGGCUAUUGCUGUAAGGAGGCCGUAUAGCGAUGAAGUACGGCGCGCGCAGGCGCAGAGCGUCGCCGCACCGGGACCUACUAUAUUCGACAAAAUAAUGUCGAAAGAAAUCAAAGCGGAUAUUAUUUACGAAGAUGAGUUAUGUUUAGCAUUCAAUGAUAUAUCGCCACAGGCUCCCGUGCAUUUUCUCGUAAUACCCAAAAGAAGGAUUGCCAGGUUACAAGAUGCGGAACCGACCGAUAUCGAUCUCCUCGGACACCUGAUGCUGGUGGCCCGUUCGCUGGGAUCGUCCCGCGCCCCCUCUGGUUUCCGCCUCGUCAUCAACAAUGGACGGGACGGCGCGCAGUCGGUCUACCAUCUACACUUGCACGUGCUCGGAGGUCGCCAGAUGGGCUGGCCCCCAGGGUAG